GCCCAGGCCGGGGUCUCAGCCCCCAUAACGGCUCAUUUCCUCCCCACGGCCCCGCCCCCUCCCGUGACCCACGGCCUGGGUGGCCCUGACUGAGCCACCCGGGGGACUGGUCCGACGGCAUUCCGCCUCCCGGAUAAAACCCGAGGCCACCGUGGGGAACCCUACAACCUUGCCACCUGCCAGGCCUGUCCCAGCCGGCACAGCCCCCAGGUCCCGGCUGGGCCUGCAUCCCCGCCGGCCAUGGCGGUUUCUAGAAGCCUCCGAGCCCUGGCUGGGGGCUGUCUCGGGCUCUUCGCGUCUCUGCUGCUCCUGAUGUCCGCUGCUGCCCUCCAGGCCACAGGGAUCCCUGAGCCCCCCGCCUGUGGCAAGCGCCAGCAGCUGAACCGGAUCGUGGGCGGCCAGGACAGCGUGGACGCGGAGUGGCCGUGGGUCGUGAGCAUCCAGAGAAACGGCACCCACCACUGCGCGGGCUCCCUGCUCAGCAGCCGCUGGGUGGUCACCGCCGCCCACUGCUUCAAGGGCCAUCUGAGCAAGCUGUCCCUGUUCUCCGUGCUGCUGGGGGCCUGGCAGCUGGGGAACCCCGGCCCGCGGUCCCAGAAGGUGGGCGUGGCCUGGGCGCUGCCCCACCCCGUGUACUCCUGGAAGGAAGGGGCCCGAGCGGACAUCGCGCUGGUGCGCCUGGAGCGGCCCGUGCAGUUCUCCGAGCGAGUGCUGCCCAUCUGCUUGCCGGACUCCUCCGUGCACCUCCCCGCCGGCACCGACUGCUGGAUCGCAGGCUGGGGGAGCAUCCACGAAGGAGUGCCCCUGCCCCACCCGCAGACCCUGCAGAAGCUGAAGGUGCCCAUCAUCGACUCAGACGUCUGCAGCCGCCUGUACUGGCGGGGAGCCGGGCAGGGCGCCAUCACGGAGGACAUGCUGUGUGCAGGCUACCUGGAGGGGGAGAGGGACGCCUGCCUGGGUGACUCCGGGGGCCCCCUGAUGUGCCAGGUGGACGACGCCUGGCUGCUCGCCGGCAUCAUCAGCUGGGGAGAGGGCUGCGCGGAGCGCGACCGGCCGGGCGUCUACACCAGCCUCCCUGCCCACCGCUCCUGGGUGCAGAGGUUCGUGCAGCGGGCGCAGCUCCGCGGGCCCAGGGACUCGCCAGUCCGCGCUCGGCGGUAACCACUCCGUCCGCCUCCGGGGGCGCCCACGAGCCGGCUCGGAACCGUGUCGGGGCGGAGCCUUCGCCGGCCCCGCCCCUGGCUCCAGGCCCCGCCCCGAACCGGGCGGGCCUUUGUGUAUAUAGAUGUUUAUGAUUUUUAUAGUUAUUUGUAACCCUGCGCACAUAUCUUAUUUAUUCCUCCUAUUGCAAUAGAUUAUUUAUUC